AUGGGUGAGCCUCAGUACAACCAGUCAACCGUCGACAUCGACCACAUUGCUGGCGGAAUCCCAAGUCUGUCUGAGUUGGCGCGUGCUACUGGGGCGGACCUUAUCCUACUAGGCUCUCGCGCAUACUACCUCCACUCCAUCCUCCACGACUGGCCGGACGACGUCUGCCAUCAGAUCCUCGCCCCGCUCAAAGCAGCCAUGGUGCCAGGAAUCAGUCGGUUAUUGACCGAAGCAGGUUUUCGCGUGGUGAAGAUCUGGACCGCGGAUCGGUGGUCGGAGAGUUUGAUUGAGUAUGUGGUGUAG